AUGAAGUCUACCUUGGCCACCCUGCUGGCCCUGGCCUCAUCAGCCGUUGCCCAGAAUGGUGUCCUCAACUUCCCUCUCAACAGAGGCGUGCCUCACUUCAGGGUUGGCAACGUACGCCAAAACGUCAAGCGCGACACCUACAGCCAGGCCCUGAUCAACAACAUCACCGGCGGCGCUUAUUAUGCCGAGGUUACUGUGGGCACUCCGGGCCAGAAAGUCAGCGUCGUGUUGGAUACGGGGAGCAGUGACCUCUGGGUCGUGAGCUACAAAGCAGACUUGUGCACCGACUAUAGGAUCCAGCGGGAAUGGGGGGACUCAUGCGACAAGACCUACAACCCGAACAGGAGCUCUUCGUUCAAGGUCCUGGAGGAGGAUGGCUUUGAGAUCCGGUACCUCGACAACAGCACUGCCGCGGGUGACUACAUCACGGACGACCUGAAGAUCGGCGGAACCACCAUCAAGUCCCUGCAGAUGGGCUAUGCGACCAAGACCCGCUACCCCAACCUGAUCGACCAGUUCGUCGCCCAAAAGCUCAUCACCACCAAGGCCUACUCGCUCUACCUCAACGACCGCCGCAGCGACACGGGUAGCAUCCUCUUCGGCGGCAUCGACAAGGACAAGUUCAUCGGCGACCUGUCGAUUCUCCCCAUCUACAUGACCAAGGGGCAAGCCGAGCCGAUCCACUUCGAAGUCGAGAUGCAGAGCGUCUCGCUCGACCUGACCAAGAACGGCAAGACGACCAAGAUCAUCUCGACUGACCCGUCCCUCAGCCGGACCUCGACCAUCGCCAUCCUCGACUCCGGCACCACCCUCUCCUACCUGCCCACCAAGAUCACCGACCAGAUCCACUCCAAGCUCAACGUCUACGUCGACGACUUCUACACCGGCCUGACCUUCAUCGACUGCGAAUAUCUGACCUCCAACCCUGACAUGCGCAUGUCAUUCACCUUCGGCUCCAACACCACCGUCUCCGUGCCCGUCUGGGAAGUCGUCCUCGAUCUUUUGGGAGACACCCAAUCCGACCUCCCCUUCAAGAUGCCCUUUAAGCGCGCCUGCAUCUUCGGCAUCCAGAGCACCGCCGGCUUCGAAGAGGACGGUUUCAAUGAGGACUGGGCCCUCCUCGGCGAGACUUUCCUGCGGUCCGCUUACGUCGUGUACGACCUCACCCACCACCAGAUCGGCAUGGCGCAGGCGAACUUGAACAGCACGACGGAGGAUAUCGUCGAGCUCACGGGCGGGGAUGGCGGGUUGCCGAGCGGAUUGGUUGGCGUGAAGGAGCAGCAGUCGGGCAAGGGUUCGUCGGGCAAUACGGAAUCCGGAUCGGGUUCUUCGACGGAUGAGGACGGCGGCGCCAAGGAGACGGAGACGGUCACUGCUGGGUCUACGGCGCCUACGGGGACGACUACGUCGGGUACCAAGGACUCGGACAGCGCCGCGGCUGGGUUGAGUGCUAGGGGAGGUGCUGUUGGUGCUUUGGCUGUUGCGGGCCUGACGGGCUUCUUCGCCCUUGUUGGAGGCGCGGUUGUUGCCCUAUAG